GGUCGCCUGAACUGCUCCUCCCAGGCAUAUACCGCCCCGGGCCAGAGCCGCGUAGACUCUCCCCGGGCGAAGCCGCGGAGUACCGGACCCCGCAAGGAUUAUAAAACAGUGCGGAGGACCCCCGCCCGCCAGGCUGGUCACCAUGUGGGGGCCGCUGAUCUGGACUCUGCUGGCCCUGUACCGGAUCCGCGCGGCCGGAGCCCAAGAUGACGUGGCCCCCUAUUUCAAGACGGAGCCGGUGCGGACGCAGGUGCACCUGGAGGGGAACCGCCUGGUGCUCACGUGCAUGGCCGAGGGCAGCUGGCCGCUGGAGUUCAAGUGGCUCCACAACAACAGGGAGCUGACUAAGUUCUCCCUGGAGUACAGGUACAUAAUCACCAGCCUGGACCGCACCCACGCCGGCUUCUACCGCUGCAUCGUGCGUAACCGGAUGGGCGCUCUGCUGCAGCGGCAAACCGAGGUCCAGGUGGCCUACAUGGGGAGCUUUGAGGAGGGCGAGAAGCACCAGAGCGUCUCCCACGGAGAAGCGGCCGUCAUCCGUGCCCCUCGCAUCGCCAGCUUCCCCCGGCCGCAGGUGACCUGGUUCCGGGACGGUCGCAAGAUCCCGCCCAGCAGCCGCAUAGCCAUCACCCUGGAGAACACCCUGGUCAUCCUGUCAACGGUGGCUCCCGACGCAGGCCGCUACUAUGUGCAGGCUGUUAAUGACAAGAAUGGGGACAACAAAACCAGCCAGCCCAUCACGCUCGCGGUGGAGAAUGUAGGGGGUCCUGCAGACCCCAUCGCUCCCACCAUCAUCAUUCCUCCCAAGAACACCAGCGUGGUGGCCGGGACCUCAGAGGUGACCCUGGAGUGUGUGGCCAACGCCAGGCCCCUGAUCAAGCUGCACAUCAUUUGGAAGAAGGAUGGGGUGCUGCUGUCAGGCGGCAUCAGCGACUACAGCCGCCGGCUCACCAUCCCCAACCCCACGGGCAGCGACUCCGGCUACUACGAGUGUGAGGCCAUCCUGCGCAGCAGCAGCGUCCCCUCUGUCAUCCGUGGAGCCUACCUGUCUGUGCUGGAACCACCUCAGUUUAUUAAGGAGCCAGAAAGACACAUCACAGCGGAGAUGGAGAAAGUGGUGGACAUUCCCUGUCGGGCCAAAGGCGUGCCCCCGCCCUCCAUCGCCUGGUACAAGGACGCGGCCGCGGUGGAGGUGGCGAGGCUGAGCCGCUUCCGGCAGCGAGCCGACGGGGGCCUGCAGAUCAGCGCGCUCGCGCCCGACGACACCGGCAUGUUCCAGUGCUUUGCCCGCAACGCGGCCGGCGAGGCGCAGACCUCCACCUACCUGGCCGUCACCAGCAUUGCCCCCAACAUCACCAGGGGCCCCCUGGACAGCACGGUCAUCGACGGCAUGUCAGUGGUGCUGGCUUGUGAGACUUCAGGGGCGCCCCGACCGGCCAUCACUUGGCAGAAAGGGGAGCGCAUCCUGGCCAGCGGCUCUGUCCAGCUGCCUCGCUUCACGCUCCUGGAGUCCGGCAGCCUGCUCGUCAGCCCCACGCACAUCUCCGACGCCGGCACCUACACCUGCUUGGCCACCAACUCUCGGGGGGUCGACGAGGCUUCGGCCGACCUGGUCGUGUGGGCCCGGACCCGCAUCACCAAGUCUCCCCAGGACCAGAGUGUCAUCAAGGGUACCCAGGCCUCCAUGGUGUGCGGAGUGACCCAUGACCCCCGAGUCACCAUCAGGUAUGUCUGGGAGAAGGAUGGGGCCACCCUGGGCGUGGAGAGCAACCCCCGCAUCCGCCUGGACAAAAACGGCUCCCUGCACAUCUCGCAGACGUGGUCGGGGGACAUCGGCACUUACACCUGCCGGGUGCUCUCAGCCGGAGGCAAUGACUCUCGCAGUGCCCACCUGCGCGUCAGACAACUGCCUCACGCCCCUGAGCACCCGGUGGCAACUCUCAGCACAGUGGAGAGGCGGGCCAUCAACCUGACGUGGGCCAAGCCCUUUGACGGCAACAGCCCCCUGAUCCGCUAUGUCCUGGAGAUGUCGGAGAACAAUGCCCCCUGGACCAUGCUCCUGGCCAGUGUGGACCCCGAGGCUACCUCAGUGAUGGUCAAGGGCUUGGUUCCUGCGCGCUCCUACCAGUUCCGUCUUUGUGCAGUCAACGACGUGGGCAAAGGGCAGUUCAGCAAGGACACGGAGAGGGUCUCUCUCCCCGAAGAGCCCCCCACAGCGCCUCCACAGAAUGUCAUUGCCAGUGGCCGAACCAACCAGUCCAUCAUGAUCCAGUGGCAGCCACCUCCUGAGAGCCACCAGAACGGCCUCCUCAAGGGCUACAUCAUCAGGUACUGCCUGGCCGGGCUGCCUGUCGGGUACCAAUUUAAGAACAUCACGGAUGCUGAUGUCAACAACCUGCUGCUGGAAGACCUCAUCAUCUGGACCAACUACGAGAUCGAGGUGGCCGCCUACAACAGUGCCGGGCUGGGUGUCUACAGCAGCAAAGUCACCGAGUGGACACUGCAGGGAGUCCCCACGGUCCCUCCGGGCAACGUGCAUGCAGAAGCCACCAACUCCACGACCAUCCGCUUCACCUGGAACGCCCCCAGCCCCCAGUUCAUCAACGGCAUCAACCAGGGCUACAAGCUGAUCGCCUGGGAGCCGGAGCAGGAAGAGGAGGUUACCAUGGUGACUGCCCGGCCCAACUUUCAAGACACCAUCCACGUGGGCUUCGUGUCUGGCCUCAAGAAGUUCACCGACUACUUCACCUCGGUGCUGUGCUUCACUACUCCCGGGGACGGGCCCCGCAGCACCCCCCAGCUGGUGCGCACCCAUGAGGAUGUGCCUGGGCCUGUGGGACACCUGAGCUUCAGUGAAAUCCUGGACACCUCGCUGAAGGUCAGCUGGCAAGAGCCAGGAGAGAAGAACGGCAUCCUCUCAGGGUACCGGAUCUCCUGGGAGGAGUAUAACCGAACCAACACCCGCGUGACCCACUACCUGCCCAACGUGACCCUGGAGUACCGUGUCACAGGCCUCACCGCGCUCACCACCUACACCAUCGAGGUGGCCGCCAUGACUGCCAAGGGCCAGGGCCAGGUGUCUGCCUCGACCAUCUCCUCCGGGGUGCCUCCAGAACUCCCAGGGGCCCCCACCAACCUGGGCAUUUCCAACAUCGGCCCCCGCUCCGUGACCUUGCAGUUCAGGCCAGGCUACGAUGGGAAGACCUCCAUCUCCCGCUGGCUGGUGGAGGCCCAGGUGGGCGUGGUCGGGGAGGGAGAGGAGUGGCUGCUGAUCCACCAGCUCACCAACGAGCCCGACGCCCGCUCCAUGGAGGUGCCCGACCUCAAUCCCUUCACCUACUACAGCUUCCGCAUGCGCCAGGUGAACAUCGUGGGCACCAGCCCACCCAGCCAGCCUUCUAGAAAGAUCCAGACCCUCCAGGCGCCCCCUGACAUGGCCCCGGCCAAUGUGACCCUGCGCACGGCCAGUGAGACCAGCCUGUGGCUCCGCUGGAUGCCUCUCCCGGAGAUGGAGUACAACGGGAACCCCGAGUCGGUGGGCUACAAGAUCAAAUACAGCCGGGCAGACGGCCACGGCAAGACGCUGAGCCACGUGGUGCAGGACCGCGUGGAGCGCGAGUACACCAUCGAGGACCUGGAGGAAUGGACCGAGUACCGCGUCCAGGUCCAGGCCUUCAACGCCAUCGGGAGCGGGCCCUGGAGCCAGACGGUGAUGGGCAGGACCCGGGAGUCAGUCCCAUCUUCUGGCCCCACCAAUGUGUCCGCGCUGGCCACCACCUCCAGCAGCAUGCUGGUGCGCUGGAACGAAAUCCCUGAGGCCGACCGCAACGGGCUUGUGCUGGGUUACAAGGUGAUGUAUAAGGAGAAGGACUCAGACUCCCAGCCCCGGUCCUGGCUGGUGGAAGGGAACUCGUCCCGCAGCGCCCAGCUCACAGGCCUGGGCAAGUACGUGCUCUACGAGGUCCAGGUGCUGGCCUUCACACGCGUUGGGGACGGCAGCCUCAGCCACCCUCCCGUCCUGGAGCGGACGCUGGAUGAUGUCCCAGGACCGCCCAUGGGCAUCCUGUUCCCAGAGGUGAGGACCACAUCGGUGCGCCUGAUCUGGCAGCCCCCCGCUGCCCCCAACGGCAUCAUCCUUGCUUACCAGAUCACACACCGGCUCAACGCCACCACGGCCAACACUGCCACAGUGGAGGUGCUCGCGCCUAGCGCCCGCCAGUACACAGCCACCGGCCUCAAGCCCGAGUCUGUCUACCUGUUCCGCAUCACGGCCCAGACCCGCAAGGGCUGGGGAGAGGCCGCCGAGGCCUUGGUGGUGACCACCGAGAAGAGAGACCGCCCACAGCCCCCCAGCAAGCCAGUGGUGCAGCAGGAGGACGUGAAGGCGCGCAGCGUGUUGCUGUCCUGGGAGCCGGGGAGCGACGGCCUGUCCCCCGUGCGCUACUAUACCGUCCAGACCCGCGAGCUGCCCAGCGGCAGGUGGGCACUGCACUCUGCGUCCGUGAGCCACAACGCCUCGGCCUUCGUUGUGGACAGGCUCAAGCCCUUCACGUCCUACAAGUUCCGAGUGAAGGCGACCAAUGACAUUGGGGACAGUGAGUUCAGCGAGGAGUCGGAACCGCUGACCACCCUGCAGGCCGCCCCUGACGAAGCGCCCACCAUCAUCUCGGUGACACCACACACCACCACCUCCGUGCUGAUCCGAUGGCAGCCACCACCGGAGGACAAGGUCAACGGCAUCCUCCUGGGCUUCCGGAUCCGGUACCGGGAGCUGCUCUACGACGGGCUGAGGGGCUUCACGCUGCGCGGCAUCAACCACCCCGGGGCCAAGUGGGCGGAGCUGACCUCCAUGUACUCCAUGCGGAACCUGAGCCGGCCCAGCCUCACGCACUACGAGCUGGACAACCUGAACAAGCACCGGCGAUAUGAGAUACGGAUGAGCGUGUACAACGCCGUGGGCGAGGGGCCCUUGAGCCCCCCGCAGGAGGUCUUUGUGGGGGAGGCAGUGCCCACGGCAGCGCCCCGCAAUGUGGCCGUCCACAGCACCACGGCCACCCAGCUGGACGUGACGUGGGAGCCACCCCCGCUGGAGAGCCAGAAUGGAGACAUCCAGGGCUACAAGAUUUAUUUCUGGGAAGCCCAGCUGCAGAACGUCACGGAGCGGGUGAAGACCCUUUUUCUGGCCGAGAACGGGGUGAAGCUCAAGAACCUGACUGGCUACACAGCCUACAUGGUCAGCGUGGCAGCCUUCAACGCGGCGGGGGAUGGGCCCCGGAGCGCCCCAACCCGGGCCCAGACCCAGCAAGCAGCCCCCAGCGCCCCCAGCUCGGUCAAGUUCAGCGAGCUGACCACAACCUCUGUGAACGUGUCCUGGGAGGCCCCGCGGUUCCCCAACGGCGUCCUGGAGGGCUACCGGCUGGUGUACGAGCCCUGCACCCCGGUGGAUGGAGUCAGUAAGAUUGUGACAGUGGAUGUGAAGGGGAACAGCCCUCUGUGGCUGAAGGUGAAGGACCUGGCAGAGGGCAUGACCUACAGAUUCCGCAUCAGAGCCAAGACCUUCACCUACGGCCCUGAGAUCGAAGCCAACGUCACCACGGGCCCAGGAGAAGGUGCCCCGGGACCGCCUGGAGUGCCCAUCAUCGUGCGGUAUAGCUCGGCCAUCGCCAUCCACUGGUCCAGCGGGGACCCCGGCAGAGGGCCUAUCACCCGCUACGUCAUAGAGGCCAGGCCUUCAGAUGAGGGGCUAUGGGACAUCCUCAUCAAGGACAUCCCCAAGGAGGUGACCUCCUACACGUUCAGCAUGGACAUCCUGAAGCCGGGCGUGAGCUAUGACUUCCGGGUCAUCGCCGUCAAUGACUACGGCUUCGGCACCCCCAGCGGCCCCUCCCAGUCUGUGCCAGCCCAGAAAGCCAACCCAUUCUACGAGGAGUGGUGGUUCUUGGUGGUCAUUGCCCUCGUCGGCCUCAUCUUCAUCCUGCUCCUGGUCUUUGUGCUCAUCAUUCGAGGCCAGAGCAAGAAGUAUGCCAAGAAGACAGAUUCAGGGAACAAUGCCAAGUCUGGUGUCCUGGGCCACGGGGAGAUGAUGAGCUUGGAUGAAAGCAGCUUUCCUGCCUUGGAACUCAACAACCGGCGGCUCUCCGUCAAGAACUCCUUCUGCCGAAAGAACGGCCUGUACACCAGGUCUCCUCCCCGGCCCAGCCCGGGCAGCCUCCACUACUCCGACGAGGAUGUCACCAAGUACAAUGACCUCAUCCCGGCAGAGAGCAGCAGCCUGACGGAGAAGCCCUCAGAAGUCUCCGACUCUCAGGGAAGCGACAGUGAGUACGAGGUGGACCCGAACCACCAGAAGGCCCACUCUUUUGUCAACCACUACAUCAGCGACCCCACGUAUUACAACUCAUGGCGGCGGCAGCAGAAGGGGAUCUCGCGGGUCCAGGCAUACAGCUACACAGAGAGCGACUCGGGCGAGCCGGACCAUGCCACCGUCGCCAACAGCAGCAGCGCCCAGCAGGGCAGCCUCUUUCGGCCCAAGGCCAGUCGGACCCCAACGCCCCAAAACCCCCCUAACCCCCCGAGUCAGCAGAGCACCCUCUACCGUCCCGCCAGCAGCCUGGCCCCUGGCUCCCGGGCUCCUAUAGCAGGAUUUUCAUCAUUUGUUUGACGUUGGAAGAGGAAAAAGAAAGAAAAAUGGCACCAAACUCCCCCUCCAGCCCUCCCCGCACCGCCUGCCAGAAAACAAAAACACCAAGAAACCAAGUCAACUUUUAACCUCCUGAGUUUGUUUUUCCAGAGAUUCCAGGGCCAGCAAAGCCGGUGCUGAGAAGGAGGGAGGAGAAAACCAUGAGAAGACACGUGUGGCCAGCGGUUGGUCGGCCUCAAGAUCGUAGGGUUCACUGCUCCUUCGCAGUCAGCGCCGAGUUGGGGGAGCAGUUGCAGUGGACAUGGAGUGGGUGGGGCCCCUGGAGAGAGGGAGGCAGAGAAGGCAAAGGACUGGAGGGCUGCAAGGCAGGCGUGGCUGAGGGGAGAAGAAGCUUCUGGACAUCCAGCUGGCUGCCCGCUUCCAGCAUGUGUGGAGCCCUGGGC